AUGGCGUCCACAAGGUUGACCUUCGAGCAUGUGCUGUUGGCGUGCUCUCUUCUGGUUUGCUUGGUGUCCGUGGUGGCGUAUCAUGGGUACACAUCCGGGGACUUCGUUCCAGGCCAGCCGUCCGAAUAUAUGAAGUCGGACGGCGGCUUCGAGUCCAACUGGGGCUCGGACACGGACACCAAGCCGCUCAUCGACGAGGACUUCGGCACGUGGAUCCUGGUCAUGGAGCCGUCCACGCUGCGCCCGCCGCACUUCGUCGACGCGCACAUGCUCAUGGCCGUGCUGCAAGGCACCGCGCGCGCGGGCAUCCUCAACGACAAGGGCGAGGAGACGGGCGUCCGCAGCUUCCGUCGCGGUGACGUCAUCGCGCUGCCAGCUGGGCACGCCGUGUGGAUCCUCAACAACGACACGCAGCAGAAGUUCUCCAUGCUUGGGGGAGUGCGCCCGGUGACAGUCCCCCGGGAGCCGUCCAAGUGGGAGGCUUUUCCGCUGGUGGCCGGUGAGGUGAGCGGAAAGAAGAGCAUCCUGCACGGCUUCACCAAGGACGUUCUGGCGGAGGCGUUCAACGUGGACGAGGGCCUCGUGGAAGACGUCCGCUCCAAGGCGCCGGAAACUUCCGUUUCCGUUUCCGCUUCCGCUUCCGAUCCGGUACUAAGACUGGAUAAGCUGAGCGCGGCGAGCUGCUGGGAAAUGGUCAAGCCUGCGCGAGCACGGACUAUCAAGCUGGGCGCGGCGGAGCUGCUGGCGAUGGAGCACGAGCUGAGCCUGCGCGAGCAGCAGAGCCCGCACAAGGACGACGGCUACAUCUACAACAUCGACAAAGCGGAUCCCGACUACGAAGCCGAAGGCGGCCAGGUGACGCUUCUCGAUAGCAAAGACUUCCCGAUCCUCAAGAACCUGACCCUAGGGGCCGUCAAGACUAGCCUCAAGCCGGGCGCCAUGGUGCUGCCACAUUACGACCCCACAUCGUCACUCCUUGGCUUCAUCACCGCCGGACGUGCCAGGAUCCAGGUGGCCCAGCCGGACGGCUCGACCGGAACUGACGAGGAGCUGGGCCCGGGAGAGGUCUUCGUGGUGCCGCGCUUCUUCCCGCUCGUGCAGAAGAGCGUGGGCGACCACAACCUGGAGUGGAUCGGUUUCACCACGACCGCCUGCUCCAGGAUGAAGACCGUCUUCCUGGCGGGGAAGAAGUCCGUCUACAAGUCGGUCCCGAACACGAUUCUCGCCGCCGCGACCGAUUUGGAUAAGACCAAGAUCAAGCAAUGGCUGGAGAAUCAGCCGGAAGAGUGCAUCGCCCAGAGGGAGAAAAGUGACGGAGAGGAGUUAGGGGAAGUGGAGAUCGUGAUUGAAGAGAUUGUCGAUGGACUGGGGAGGGUGAAGGGGGCAGUCAUCGAGAUCCUAGAGGAGGUUUACUCGGGAGGGGCUGAGAGUGAGGAAUCUCAGGAGGUUUGA